AUGCAAGGCUGUCUCAAUCUGAACGUACCGACUGUCACACUGAAAGAUACAGUAGAACUGCCCCAGCUUAUUCCUCCAGAGACUGUAAUACUGAGUCCCGCCGCCCUCAGAAAAGGCAUCUACCCCAACUCCCCCCUCCCCAAGACAUGGUUGCUACACCCCACGCCUGGCAAUUACCUCCCCCAGAAGGACUCGCCCCGCAAAGCCUCCGCCCUUGACCCUCCCACGAGGCAGUGUCCUCCGCACGCAGAAUGCAACACACACCCCGCCUCCAGUCCCUGCAGACCCUGGAACGGAUGCGGGCGGACGGGCGGUCCCAGCCCCCGCUAUAGCUCAGGCCUAGCGGGAGCUUCCCCCGUGAACACGCCUCCCGCCCGCUCCCUGUUCCGGGUGCCCCUUGGGCCCGCCCCUGCCGGGGACUGCGUCGCCGUCAGGAAGGAUCCCAGCGAGGGCUUCCCGCAGCCUGAGGGAGACUCUCUGGGCGCCUGCGUUACGGGAGCCGGAGCGGCCCGCGGACAGCAGCAAGCGCCGCCCCGUGACUCACGCGGGAGCCGCGGGUGGACCGGCCCGAGCGGGCUGCUCGGCCAGCGCGCAGAGGACAGUCACCGCCCCGGCCGCCGGUGGGCGAGCGGCUCCCCGCGCCAGGCCCUGCCGCCUCCCGGGCCUCCAGCGCCUGCUUGCCCCGCAGAAAAGCGGCUCCCACUGUCCUCGCGCUUGAGCCCCGUCCCCGCACGUUACUCCCGAGCCGACCCCUGGGUCCUCAGCUCCCCGCAGCCGGGCAUCCUGCUCCGUCCCGGCCGCGGUACCGGCCUCCUUGGCGGCCGAGCCCGGCCUACGCACCCGCGGGCCCCACCCCCUUCUCGCGGCCCGCCCUGCCGGCUCCCUCUUCCCCCCACCCCCUCCGUGCCCCAUCCAGCCCCACUGAGCAUGUUCCUGUGGGUUGCUUCCUUCCCUGUACAGGGCAGCCGGGGCACCUAUGUCAUUGCUACUCCCCCUCGCUGA